CGCCCCUCAUCUGUCACCCGCUGGAGAGAAACUGGGCGCGUGCUUUUCAAAACAAGCCGGGGCGGAUCACGUGCACUGGAGAGCAAAAGCAGCAGCUCGCGCUCUGAUCACAGCAUUUCGCUUCAGGUGCGCUCAUGGUUGUACUGCGUCAUAUCUCCGUGGCGUGCAGCGCCGCGAUGGCUGCGGUCGGGACCGCGCUGUUUAUCGCACUCAAUCUCUUUUAUAAAAGACGAGUAUGGACACCAGAGUCAGACUACUACACGUUCCGAGAGGAGGAGGAGGAGGAGGAGGAGCGCAGUGAGAAGCAGGUGCUUGUUCUUGGGUUGGAUGGCGCUGGUAAGAGCAGUGUUCUGCAGAGGUUGAGUGGAGCUGGCUACAGGACGGGCUGCCGGCCCACACGCGGCUUCAACUUCAUCAGCCUACACACACCUGCAUGCCAGCUGGACUUCCUCGAAAUUGGAGGUGGAGAAGACUUGCGAAUGUACUGGAUGGAUUACCUAAGGAAAACACACAUCUUGGUGUACGUGGUGGACUCCUCUGAUAGAGGCCGGCUCCCUCAGGCCAAAGACGAGCUCCAUCGAUUACUGAAAGCACACACUGAUCUUCCAGUGGUGGUCUUGGGAAACAAACAGGAUAAGCCUGAUGCUGUUAGCGUCCCGGAGCUGCGUGAGGCUCUUUCCUUGAGCUCAGUGGAGGAUCAGAGGAAGCUCUUCCUGCUGGCUGCUCAGUCGGGAUCUGACGGAUUAAGCAGAACCUGCAGCCUCCAAAAGUUCCAGGAACUGCUUCUGACAUUGGUGUGACUGGUUGGCACUGCGGUGCCAGAGAGGACUGGCAAAGGGAUCUUUUGUAAUGGGAGCAUUCCAUGUAUGGUUUUCAUCCUCGAAUCCUGCGAGGAGUAAGGAACUUUUACGUCAGGAUAACACUACUGUUGUAACGGUUACAGUGUACAAUAUCUUACUUUGCAUUAAUAUGAUUAUAUCCAGCAUUUCAAAGAGUGUAUUACAUAUUAUGUUUUAUCUCUGCAUGUGGAGUCAUAUUUCCAAUAACAAACUUAUAUAUCGCUGACAAGUUCUCCUGCUUGCAACAGGAUGUAUUUAGUGUGAAAAUUAAGCCUGUUUUAAGGGCAAUUACAAAUGUUCCUCAUUUGUAAAUAUACACACACGCACACACAUUUUUACAAAUGAAGAAUAGUUGAAAUAUAUAUAAUUGUCUGAUUUAAAAAUUCAUUUAAAAAUAUGCUUAUAUUUCAGGACAGGGAUGUUUUUUUGUAUUAUUGAUAUGAUCAUUUAGGACAUGUCCGUAAUUAUCAUGACAAUAAUGUCACAGUGCAAAAACAUUCAAUAUUUAUUUUCUUUAUGAGAAGUCUAAUCUUUCUUUGGAUUUUGGAGUGAAAUCGGGACAUUCCAUGAGUGAUUAACCCAACUAAUCCUUGAGCGCUUUAUUUUGCCUCCAGCAUGCCAGACUGUGUAGUUGAUAGUGGAUACCUCAGAUAAUUCUCUUUUCAUAACUGUGAUUUAGGCUUCAAAUAGAGAUGUUGUUUUGAAGUUGUACAGCUGUUUAAAAAUAAGGCCUCUUCACUGUGAAAUCAAUUCAGUCUGGUUAUGCGAGUGCUUUGAAUUAGCAUCACAAGAGCUAGUGCAACUAUAUGAAGAGUUUCUUGAAAAAUACAGCUUAUUUACACCAUAUUAACUGCAAAUUACAUUGGCUACAGAUGAAAUGCCACUAUGUAAUAAAUGUCAGUUUUGCAAUGCAA